AUGAGGCGGAAGGAGAAGAGGCUGCUGCAGUUCGCCGGGCUGCUCAUAGCGGCUCUUCUUUUCCUCCCCAACGUCGGGCUGUGGUCUUUGUACCGGGACCGAGUGUUCGACAACUCGCCCGACACAGUGGACGGACCGGGCGGCAUCCUCCGGACACAGGGGUUGAACCAGAGGAGGAAAGUCGCUCAGGUGGGACUGGACGGUGUGCGGCGGACAGACUGGCACGACUAUGAAGCAAUGCGGAGAGAUGCUGCUCGCUCAGGUAACGGUGAACAGGGGAAAGCGUUUCCUCUGACAGAAACUGACCGAGUGGACCAGGCCUACAGGGAGAACGGCUUCAACAUUUACAUCAGUGACCAGAUCUCCCUCAACCGCUCCCUCCCAGACAUCCGCCAUGCCAACUGCAAACAGAAGCUGUACGCGGAGAAGCUGCCCAACACCAGCAUCAUCAUCCCGUUCCACAACGAGGGCUGGUCGUCGCUGCUGAGGACCGUCCACAGCGUGCUCAACCGCUCCCCCCCACAGCUCAUCGCCGAGGUCAUCCUGGUCGACGACUUCAGCGACAAAGAGCACCUAAAGGCGUCGCUGGAGGAGUACAUGAUGCGGAUGCCGAAGGUUCGCAUCCUGAGGACCAAAAAGAGGGAGGGGCUGAUCAGGACUCGUCUGCUGGGAGCCGGAUCCGCUAAAGGAGAAGUCAUCACCUUUCUGGACUCCCACUGUGAGGCCAACGUCAACUGGCUGCCUCCACUGCUGGACCGAAUCGCCCAGAACAGGAAGACCAUUGUGUGUCCAAUGAUCGACGUGAUCGACCACGACAACUUUGGCUAUGACACGCAGGCGGGGGGCGCCAUGCGAGGGGCGUUUGACUGGGAGAUGUACUACAAACGGAUACCCAUCCCUCCGGAGCUGCAGGGCGACGAUCCCAGUGAGCCCUUUGAGUCUCCAGUGAUGGCAGGUGGACUGUUUGCCGUGGACAGGAAGUGGUUCUGGGAGCUGGGAGGAUAUGACACGGGUCUGGAGAUCUGGGGAGGAGAGCAGUACGAGAUCUCUUUCAAGGUGUGGAUGUGUGGUGGUCGGAUGGAGGACAUCCCUUGCUCCAGGGUGGGACACAUCUACAGGAAGUACGUCCCCUACAAAGUCCCUGGUGGAAUCAGCUUGGCCAAGAACCUAAAGCGUGUGGCGGAGGUGUGGAUGGAUGAAUACGCCGAAUAUGUCUACCAGCGUCGGCCUGAGUACCGCCACCUGUCAGCAGGUGACAUGACGGCCCAGAAGGAGCUGAGGAACCGCCUCAACUGCAAGAACUUCAAGUGGUUCAUGAGGGAGGUGGCCUGGGAUCUGCCCAAACACUACCCAAUGGUGGAGCCUCCUGCUGCCGCGUGGGGAGAGAUACGGAACGUGGGCAGCGGGAUGUGUAUGGAGAUCAAACACUUUGUGUCAGGGAGCCCCAUCCGCCUGGAGAGCUGUGUGAAAGGGCGGGGCGAGGUGGCCUGGAGUCAUGGACAGGUGUUAACAUUUGGUUGGAGGGAGGAUAUUCGGGUGGGUGACCCCGUGCACACAAGGAAGGUCUGCUUCGACGCCGUGUCACACAGCAGCCCCGUCACCCUGUAUGACUGUCACGGCAUGAAGGGGAACCAGCUGUGGCGCUACAGAGAGGAUAAGAGUUUGUACCACCCCGUCAGUAACAGCUGCAUCGACAGCAGCCCGAGCGAGCGGCGAGUCUUCAUGAACAUGUGCGACGCGUCUUCGGCCAGCCAGCAGUGGCUGUUUGAGAGAACCAACGCCACCGUGCUGGAGCACUUUAACCGGGGGGGCGCCAACUGAGGCGCCGCGGCGCUGAGAUGAGGCGUCUUUUAAAGGAAAAGACCAUGAAGCAACGAUCAACUUUGAUCAGAUAAGAAUGGAAGCUUCAAGUGAGUAAUGUGCUGCUUCAGAAACAUUCCCCGUGGUACAGCAGUGAUCCGGUGUGCCGGUUGAGAGCAGAAGAGCUGGUUGGACCACACGCACAACAUCACCACCUCGGACAAGCUUAGGAUGAGCAAGAAGGGUGGGAAAAACAACGGAGAAACCUGAUUGUCCCCUGGAAUUACAGGAAACACGGAGCUCUUACAGACUUUCCAAGAGACAAAAACACAAACUCAAACUCUGCUGGAGAAUUUGAUUGUUGUCUAUUCGUUUGCCUCUUUAAUUAUUGCCUUAACGAUUCCAACAAUGGGAAAUACCUGCUGCCUAUGUUUUCACCCAAUGAACCAAAACAGCAUAUGGUGACAUAUGUGGGACUUUUGUAAGUAAAAAACAAAACAAAAACAGAUGAAUUGCAAGAAUGUUUUUUUAUAGAAGCAACACAAUCUUGUACAGACUCAUCUUUAAAGUGCAAUUCUUUUUUUUCUACUGAGCAAUGAAGCAACAAAAUUACAUUAUGUCCAUUCUAUCGCAA